AUGGCGAAGAAGGUAGGCCUGCUGCUGGUAGUGGGCUCUGCCAUAUUGGGUCACUGUAGUUUGGUAGCCGGCCGGGUCGGAGCGUCCGGCCCAGAUUUUGUCCCUCUGUAUGUGUUCGGUGGUUCCCGUGGAGAUAGUGGAAACAACAAUUACUUGGACACGACGGUGAAGGCAGACUCGCCGCCGUACGGGAUCGACUCUCCGACCCGCCGCCCCACCGGCCGUUUCUCUAAUUACCGCAACAUACCCGAUUUCCUGAGUGUAGCACUGAAGCUGCCGCAGCCUCCGUUGCCGUACUUGAGCCCCCAACUCAACGGGGAGAGGCUACUUUACGGUGCCAACCUCGCUUCCGGCGGAGCCGGGAUCUUAAAUGACACCGGCGUCCAGCAAGGGAACAUAAUAACGAUCGCCGAGCAGUUGCUAGCCUUCCCGCAAUACAAGGACAAGCUGGCGGCGCAGGUCGGAGGAAGAGAACAGGCCGACCGGCUAGUCAACCAGGGACUGUUCUUCUUCGCCGUCGGCGCCGACGAUUUCGCCAACAACUACUACACGCGCCCUCUCUCCGCACGCGCCAGCCAGUACACCGUCGUCGAGUUCGUCGAUCUCCUCAUCUCCGAGCUGUCCAAACACCUGCUGAGGCUGUACGAGCUGGGGGCUCGCCGGACGCUGGUGACUGGGACGAGCCCGUUCGCGUGCUGGCCGGCGCAGUUGGCGACGAUCAGCGGCGGCGGCGGCGGGGAGUGCGUUCCCGAGCUCGAGAACGCGGCGUCUCUCUUCAACUCCCAGCUGAAUCGGCUGGCUCGGCGGCUCAACGAUCAACUUGGCCACGUCUUCGUCGUUGCUGCCAACGCCGUUACAUUGACCGACCAGUUCCGCAACAAUCCUGGGGCUUAUGGGUUUACUGAAACGAGGGUGGCCUGUUGCGGGCAGGGUCCUUACAACGGGCUAGGGCAAUGCACGCCAGCGUCGAAUCUGUGUCCGAACAGAGAUGAGUAUCUGUAUUGGGAUCCGACCAAUCCCAGCGACAGGUAUCUGGGGUUCUAUGUUGAAGCCAUCUCGAGUGGUCCCACAAACGUCGUCUUCCCGAUGAACCUCAAUUCCAUGCUGGCCAUGGAACACGAGGCCUAA